ACCAUAUUCUCUGCCUAUCCCUAGCUCACUCCGAUUGAACGCUACGCCAUGAACUUCCUGGAAGCCUCGUUAGAAGAUGUAUGCAAAGAAGAGUUGAAGCAGGCUGAGGAGCAAGUGGAGGCUGCCAGGAAGGGCCUGGACCAGGCCAAGGAGGAGGGCCUAAAGCUCCACGCUUCAUAUGAUGACGACGACGAUGACUUUUUGUCACCACCAGCUUCUGUGGAGCCUGCUCAGCCAGCCACAGCCCGCCGUGGCCGUAAACCCAAGGACAAGGACAAGAUUGUCACCUCUACAAGGACUAGUGGUCGGCUGCGUGGGCCUCGCCCGAAACUGAGCCUGAGCCAACGACCCCUAAAGAAGUGCCUGAAAGACCCCGCUGUGGUCUGAGAGGACGAGCUGCCAAAGACACUGAUACGGUGUCUACCACCCCGUCCCACACAGACUAUCACAAAACCUCCUCAUCAACCAGCUCUCAAGAUUCCUCCAAAUCUUCAAAAGCCUCGUCUCCUGCCAGAGAUCACCAGACCAUCAAAACCAGGACUCUGCCAAACCGCUCCCAUCCCAGUCCAGUGCCUUCCUCUCCUACAACCUCCCCCCCUGGAGGGAAACAACCAUGUGUUGGGGAGACUGACAGCAGAAACUCCAAAGCAGGCAGAGAGGAGAAAGACGGGGAGAAUGAGAGAAGGGUUUCUGAGUCAUCGCUAGAAUCCAGCUGCCCAGUGGACCAUCAGGCAAAAGAUGAUGACAGCAAAGACCACAGCGCCAUGUCUCUCCCCUCCACCAGCUCCCGGUCGCCUCGCAAGCGUCAGUCAGCAGAUGGUGAAGUCCUGCGGGGCCUGGUUGAAGACUCCCCGUCAGCUAAAGUCCUGCGGAAGCUUCCAGGGAGGCUGGUCACGGUGGUGGAGGAGAAGGAGCCAAGAAGGAGGCGGCGGCGAGGAAGCGGCACUGGAGGUGGAGGUUCCUCAGAGGAGGCAACUGUGGAGGAUACCACUGCUGUAUUUGUCGACGAACCAAACAAAGACAAUACAUCACCGGGCCCUGACGGCAUAACUAAAGGAUCUGUUACCAAAUCUCCUCAGGACCAAGAC